UUAACAUCGACCCCAUGUAGUUCAGACUUCAUUCUCACACCUACUGCUAUUAAAAUGCCCUCGUUCCCCUACCUUAUUCACCAUUCUUGAUUCCCAUUCGUCAACUGCAAGGCGACCAAGCAUUUUCACUAACUUAUGGUGUGUGUGUGUGUGUGUUCAUUUAUGCACAGAGCCCAGUUGCUGAAACUGUAAGAUUCUCCGCAUGCUUGCUUUCUACAGGCUUAAUUUGUACUUGGUAAAAGGAAAGUUCAUUUCUUGAUGAUGGCUGCUGUUUCUUUUGUUCUGUAAUUGCUGUGGUUAGUGGGGAUGGAUGCAACUGUGAGUAGAUUAUACCUUGACUUGAUGGGCCAUUUGAGGCCUGCGUUCAAGAAAAUUCUCAAAGUUAUCAAGUUUUUAGCUGGGAAUUAUAGCAAAAGCUGGACUUUUCAAUCUUUCACAGCAUUACUCAUGGUUGGUUCACUAGUUUGUUUCAUUGUAGUUAUGGGAUCCAGCUACUUUUUCAUGUUUCCCUCUUCCGAGGCAGUAGUUGAGACUAAUCAAAAUCAGGGGUCCAGUAAUAGUAGCAGGUCUCCUGAUACUUUGAGCAAGGGUUGCAAUGUGUUUGAUGGGAGAUGGGUGAUUGAUGAAAGUUACCCUUUAUACAAUGCGUCAGAAUGCCCUUUUGUUGAGCGUGGAUUUGAUUGUUUGUCCAAUGGAAGGAAGGAUACAGGAUAUCUUAAGUGGAGGUGGAAGCCCAAAAGUUGUGAAGUCCCAAGGUUUGAUGUUCAUGCUGUCUUGGAGUUGCUUCGGGGGAAGAGGGUCGUCUUUGUUGGUGAUUCUCUGAGUAGAACUCAGUGGGAGUCCAUGAUUUGCAUGUUGAUGAGUGGUAUUGAGGAUAAGAAUAGUGUGUAUGAAGUCAAUGGUAAUGAGAUCACAAAGCAGAUCAGGCAUUUGGCUGUUCGGUUCAGGCCAUUUAAUUUUACGGUUGAGUUCUAUCGCUCGGUUUUCCUAGUGCAGCCUGGUCCAGUGCCCAAACAUUCGCCCAAGAGAGUGAAGACUGUGCUGAAAUUGGACCAAUUGGAUGAUAUUAAUCGGGAAUGGAUUGAUUCUGAUAUUCUCAUAUUCAAUUCAGGACACUGGUGGACACCGACGAAGCUCUUUGAAAUGGGUUGGUAUUUUCAGAUUGGUGGAAGGAUAAAGCUCGGAAUGUCAACAAGUAAUGCCUUCAAAAUUGCAUUAGCUACCUGGCAAUCUUGGAUAGAGAAUGCAGUAAAUCCUAACAGGACACAUAUUUUCUUUCGAACCUUUGAAUCCACUCAUUGGAGUACUGGAUCCCGUCAGAAUUGCAAAGUUACAAGGCAGCCCUCCCUCAAAACUAAAGGGAGACAGAGGAGCUCAAUAUCUGAUGCAAUAAUUAAUGUUGUGAAAAAUGUAGCGAUUCCUGUAAAGCUGCUGCAUGUUACUCCAAUGGGGGCAUUCCGGAGUGAUGCACAUGUGGGCUCUUGGAGUGACAAUCCAUCGGUUCCUGAUUGUAGCCAUUGGUGCUUGCCUGGAGUACCAGAUAUGUGGAAUGAGCUCCUCUUCUCGUUUCUGCUUUCACAGUGAUGGAAUUUUUCAUCAUUUUCUAACCUUGUCAUUGCGUAACGUUCUUUUAUUCUUUGUUGAAGUUGCUGUCAACGUACCAACGGAAGAGACAACUCUGCGACAUACUCGACCUCAGUUUUUAGUGAUAUACGUUGUGUUCAUUUCUUGAAUGUCAAUACUUGUACUCGGUGAAUUAUUGUACUUCUGUAUACUGAAAGUAUACUGUAUAUCAUGAACUAUACAUCGUA